CAUCAACCUCCAAGCUCCCAGGCAACCUUAGCCUUGCGCCCAAACAUACAGUAUCAAGAGAGAGAGAGCCAGAAUUUUGAAAGCUCAACUUCUCUCCCCACAAACAUCUACCACUCUCGCUGAGUAGGAAUACGGUCGGUUCCUACUGGGGAUAAUUCCGAUCUCUUUAGACUUCGUCGGCGCACCUUCUAGCCAGUCUGGAAGUCGGACUCCACAAGCUCUGGAAGCCCUACACGAACCUACACCAACAUCACACCAUCCUAAAGCGAUUCCUCAAUUGAGAGAUUUCACACAAUGGACGAAAUCCUUCCAAAGCUUCUGGCUUUCCCGCCGCAUCCCUCUCCACUGACGCCUCUCUCUGAUGCGGCAUAUGAAGAGGGCAUCAAAUCCCAGAUCGCAACAGUCAAGAGUCUCAGUGAGGCCAAGUUGAUACAAAAGACCUCCAGCGACGAGAAUGCUCUAGAUGUAAGAAGUCAAGCCAAUGAUGUGAAACAAUAUGCUAACAAACCUGCAGAUCAUCAAUCCCUCCCUCAACGCCGUAUCUUUCGCAUUUGUUCUCCUCGCAAAUAUCAAUACGAUUAUGAAGGGAAACGACAAGCAGAUGGAUAUAGAAACACUCUGGAACCAUAUCACAACCUUUCUCUCAAAUUUCGAUGGUCGGCAAAUCCGAUAUCUGGGCCAUGAGUUAUCGAAUAUCAUUGAUGCUGCGGUUGCAAUUGCCCGACGCCAUAACCAGGUACGUUGUAAUGAUUUCAAGGAUAAAGGGAAUUUACGGAAACUAAAAAGUAGCAGAUUGCACUUGUAAUCCCCCAUAUCAGAGACGCUUUACUUGGUCUGGACCCAAGUGGUACCGUACUGACCUCAAAGCACAUUCAAUUGUUGAAGCUGGUGAUGGAGACCCAAAGCUACGCUGCUGUUGUCCCAAUCAUUGAAAAGACCAUCCUCUAUAUCCCAGGCGCCAGCGAGCAACCGAAGCCAAAACAUAUCUCUAGUACAGUACUCUCUCCUCCAUCUUACGUCACACCAGAGAGCGGGAUUACUGCCAAGAAGCUCAAGGUCCCUGAGGUUCUGGAGUAUUUGUUUUUAUGUGGAACGAUCUACGUUGGAUUGAGAGAUUGGGCCAAUGCCAAACGUUGCUUCGAAGUUGCCGUUGCCUAUCCAGCCCGGGAAACAAGUUGUAGUAAGAUCAUGGCUGAGGCAUAUAAGAGAUGGUUAUUGGUAAGCGUGUUGUUAGACGGAAAGGUACCGCUAUUACCGAGAGCCACAAGUUCUGGAGCGGCAAAGAUGUAUCAUGUUGUCGCAAAGCCAUAUGAGACUCUAGCCCAACUAUUCGAGCAUGGUUCAGCAUUUCGACUCAAGCAGGAGGCAGACGCUGGAAACUCUGUGUGGCAAGCUGAUGCCAAUUUCUACCUUGUUCUUACCGUUUUGGCGGGCCACCAGCAAUUCCAAAUCAAGCACCUUGCAAACGUCUACAGCAAAAUCUCCAUUGCGGACAUCCACGCUCAAACGAUGAGUGCGGAGACUGGCACCAGACUACCACAUGUUCAGGCCGUGGAAACGAUGGUUCAGAUGAUGAUUGCUAACGGUUCUUUGAAUGCGACCUUGAGCUAUCCACCAAACCAAUCACCUGUCGUCGCAUUUUCGCAAGAGGGACCAGUUUUGACGGAACAGCAAAUGAAGGGAGCAUUAGCAUUAGCAUCGUCCCAAAUCAAGGAAUUGAUAUUAGAAACCAAGACCACAGAUCGACUGAUGACAUAUGAGAAGGAGUACGUCAAGUAUAUACAAAAGAUGAAGAAGAAUUCCAAGAAUCUGGAUCAAGGAAUCGCAGGAAAUGAUUUGGAUUGGAAUGGUGUAGAGGACGAGGAUUUGAUGGGGGGUUUUUGAGGGGGUUUUGAAGGCGUAAAAAGUACUAGGGUGAUGGCGAAGCUGGGUAGGGAUUUAUGAGGAAUUGCAGUUAUGAUGAGCGCUCUGCUAGAUUUGGGCAUGGUGCAAAGAUUGCUCUUGUUUAUUUUCAAGACGCUGGGUUGGCGUACUGCAUGGUUGGGGCAUUUUGAGGGCGUCAAUGAGAACACGAUAUUCAUGAACGAUCAAGGGCAUGUACAGGAGAGUAAUUUGGUGCUGACGAAAAGCAGUCCACAUUAGAUAGUGACGUAUGAAGAUA